AGCUCACCAUCCUGAAAGCUAUCCACAAUCGUUUGCUCGAUCCGAUCCAGUCCAAGAUCCCCUCACCUCGACGCGCGAUCUCGCCGGUUAGCCGUCGACGCUGUCUAUGUCCAGGCUGAUGGCCGCCAUGCUGAUCGGGGGCGCGCGCGCCGCCAAGCUCACCGGCAGCACCGCCGUUAAGCAGGCUCUUGUUCCCACUCCGGCGUGCUUCCUUCCUCCCCGCCAGCAGCCGGCGAGUUGGGGCCGCCUCUGGUUGCAGACCGCGCCAAGAUCGUCUCAGGCGCACCACAACGCGGCGGACGACCGGAGGGACAUCAGGAUCAGGGACAAGUACAAGGGCGCGGCGGAGGAGGCGAAGGACGCCACCGGCGACGCCAAGGAGCACGUGAAGGGGAUGGCAGGAGAGGCGAAGGACAGGGCGCAGGACAAGGCCGGCCGCGCGGCGAACCAGGCUUCGGACAUGGCGGGGAGGGCCAAGGACCAGACCAAGGGCAUGGCGGAGGACGCCGCGAAGACCGCGUCCCGGGUGGCGGACAAGGCGAAGCACGAGACGAAGGACGCGGCGCGGGAGGCCGCCGAGACCGCGUCCCGGGUGGCGGACAGGGCGAAGCACGAGACGAAGGACGCGGCGCGGGAGGCCGCGGAACGGGCGGGGUACGCCAAGGACAGGGCCAAGGAGAUGGGGCGCGAGGCCGCGGAACGGGCGCAGGAGGCGGCGCGGGCGGCCAAGGACCGGACGGGGGAGGCGGCGGAGCGGGCCAUGGACAGCGCCGGCGAGGCCAAGGACCGCGCCGUGAAGGGGACCAUGUCGGCCGGGGAGAAGGUGGUGGAGAUGACCAAGGAGGGCGCGAGCAAGGUGGCCGAGACGACGCAGGCGAUCGGCGAGAAGGCGAAGCAGGCGGCGCGGGGCACCUGGGACUGGGACGCCGCCAAGGAGACCGCGCAGAGCGUCAAGGACAGCGUGGUCCCCGACGCGGAGGACGUGGACGCCGCCGUGAAGGAGCGGGACCGGAUCGCCCGGGAGAUGAACAGGUUGGAGCAGGAGCGGAACAAGAGGGAGGCCAGGGAGAAGGGCUCGGGCUUGCCGUAGGCCCGCCCGUUGUUGACAAAGUGCUUAGCUCAACGCUUGCCAGCCUCCACUUGAGCUGAAUUUCACCUUCGCUAGUUGAAUAAUGUUUGGCAAAAGAUCAUGCAUGUCAUGUGUCGAUUAGUCUUGUGUUGGAUCAACACAUCGAAGCUCUGUAAUGUACACGAACUGCUGGUGUCCUCAGCAUCGGACAUGUUUAGCAAAAGCAGGGAUCUUUGUUUUUUU